UAGGUAAUCGCAAUUACAGCUGACGUCGUCAGCAUGACGCAAUCAGAGGUUAAUUAAGAAGAAACGAGAUAAUUGCGGGUAAUUGACCCGUUACGUGAUUCAAGCGUUGCGCGAAGGUCAAAGGAAAAUAGAUAAAACUUUAAAGUUUCAAAAAAUCAAUACGAAUCGACAGGUAUAUCGAACUACGAGCGCGCGAGCUUAUCGACCUCUCGAUUACUCUCGAAAGCUCCGCGGCUGCGACGCUGCGUUCAGCGUUGUGUUUUUCGUGAUCGACGUGAUCUGUUUUUGCAACGAUAUUUCUACCCCAAGUUUUCCCUCGAAUAAAUUCUAAAUACUUAGAUAAGAAUAGGAAGAGAGGAGAGAUUUUAUAGACAUUUUAUCGUUGAUAGCCGAAAAUUCCCUUGGCACUGAACGCCGCGAAGUGCCAAAAGCCUGCCGCAGGUUAUGUCACCGCGCGAGAGGUAGUCGGAAAAUCGAGAAUUCCGGGACGAUGAACGAUCAGGAGGAGGUGGACCUGUACCGAGACACGUAUGUGAGAUAUUUAGGUUAUGCGAACGAGGUUGGAGAAGCGUUUAGGAGCCUGGUACCAAAAUCCGUCGUGUGGUUCAGUUAUGCGUUGUCAAGCGGAUAUGUUCUCGCAGACACGGUGCACAAAGGUGCGAAGGUCUACCAGGCGGACACCACGCCACAGAGAACCAAAAACGUCCUGUUGUCCACGUCAGAUACCUUGAUAUGGCAGUCGUUCGCGUCGGUGAUAAUUCCCGGCUUUACCAUAAAUAGGAUUUGCGCGGCAGUUCAGUUUGCUCAAAGAAAGAGUGCAAGAGCAGCUUGGAAGAAGCCUUGGAUCACUACGCUUAUUGGUUUGGUGUCCAUUCCUUUCAUAAUACAUCCCAUAGACCACGCCGUGGAAAGAGCGAUGGAUGUUAGUUACAGGAAAUGGACGGGAUACCAUCCAAAGGAGCCUCUAUGCGGUGUGAAACACGAAUAACGAUAGUUGUUCGUACAGAAAUUUAUCAUCGCGAUAUUAGAGGAAUUCAGACAGUGCCGCAAAGUAGGAAUGGUUUCGCAAGUUAUGCACGGCGAAAGGUUCUCCGACGGUUUCCACGGUGCGGCGGUUAAUAACGGCGCGAUGUAGGGUAACACCCGUUUCAUGAAAAUGCAUCGCGCAAAAAAUGCUACCGCAUCGCGCGGCGGCGUUAUAAUUAUACCGCAAGCAGCGCCGAUUACGAGAUCAUUAUCUGGCCGUACCACACAAUUUCCCCUUGCUAUCGCGGCCGAAUCUGAGGUCCCGCGCUCACGAUAAACGCGAUUGUAAUCGAUAUACAUUUCUUAAUGUGCGCGAUUCGAGCGAGUUUCGCAUUAAGACAUCAAUGGCACCGACUAAGCGUUUUCCCGCGAGCGUAAUUUUCGAUCGUCAGAUAACGUGAUGAAUUUUUCCGCAAGGAAUAAAUGACGCAAGAUAUACAUUGGGACGUAUCCAUUUCGCGAAAUAGAAUUUCUAACGCGCGAAAUCGACGGAAUUGGCUCUGUGGCAAUCUCUUAGAUCCCUUUUCGCAUCUUCUUGUAUCCGCGAUAUUUUAGUAGCAAUACUUCGAAAUCACUUUUAUUCGCGUGAUUCUCGUUCCGGAGUGCCUUCGAAUUCCUGUUUUUAUUUUGACAAAAAGAUCGACGUCGGCCCUUUUUAAAAAAGAAUUAAUAUAUCGAAUUAAUUAGCGAUUAGAAAUCUGCCGGCGAAUCUUUCGUAAAUCUCCGACGACGCGGCAU